AUGAGCAUGGAAGACCCCGAGCUCGCGGCUGCAGCGCGCCGCCGCACGAGCGCCGGCGACACAAGGCCCGCGGAAGAGACACACCCCUUGAAGCCUGUGGCGCUUCUCAAGCCUGUUGAAGGCAGAAACUUGCCGGAAUGCGGGGACCGGGAGAGCUGCAGGCCGUCUCUCGAGCGAGGUGACCCCGAAGAGACUGCGCCGGCGAGAAGAACUGAGUCUGACGAAGAGGAAUGCGAGACGACCGCCGCCGUGACGCGGACGGAGGCAGCCUCGACCCUCCUCGCCGUCUCGGGUCGCGAGCUCUCCGAGGGAGAGGAGAGCGAACCCGACGACAGGGGAGAAAUGUGCCAACAUGGAGGUGCCGGUACAAUCCGAGGAUUAGAAGCCCCCGAGGCGCGGUCGCCUUCGGCUGACUCGCAGGCGGAAGAGUCAGAAGGAGACGGCGAGAGGGCGCUCAGAGGCGACACAGACGAGCAGCCGUCCGCUAGUCGAAAUGAAGGCCUGUCGUCGCGGGUUCCUGCGUCGCCGCCGUUUGUCUUCGCCGACGACGGGCAAGGCGAAGAUGAAGAGGACUCCGACGGAGACUAUUUCGAGGACGAAGUCUGCAGCUACUUCCGCCGAGACCGACGGCCCUUCCUAGGCACGUUAGCCACGCUGCCGGAGGGCCGUGAAGAAGAAGAAUGCAGCGGCGCCGACGAGAGCGAGGAAACGCCGCUCGAGGGCGGAGAUAGCGGAGACGAAGAAUGCAGCGGCGCCGAGGAGGAAAAGCCGGUCGAGGGCGGAGAGCGCGGAGAAGGGACCCGUGGGGGAGGGGAGGGCUCGAGUCCGCACGCGCUGGAAGAUGAAGGAGACGCGCCGCGGCCGGAGUUCCUGCCGAGCGCCUCAGACGAAGAGGAACGUGGAGCAGAGGGCGAGUCCAACGAGAGCGAGGCGACAGACGCCGCGGAGAAGGCGGCAGAGAGUGAAGAAGACGACGGCGAAUGGGGCGAUGGCCUGAGUGAAGGCGUCCCAGAGGUCGAAGAAACUCUCUCUGAAGGCGAUGGAGCGCCCCUCGAAGCAACCGCGAGCCCAGAGGCGGUAUUCGCUUCUUCCUCGCCGCCGGCGCACAGUCGGGAAGCGGGCGGUGCGGACGUUUCUGGCAGCGGGCUGGCGCCGUCUCCGCGGUGGCAGCCCGCGUGUUGGGCGGCCUCCUCCUCUGGGGGCGACUCGCAGGGUGCGGAGGCCAGAUGGACGCCGACGACGGAGAUGUUUAUUCCGCGUGCGACGCUAUCGCAGAUCGCGGCGUAUCAAGAGGCGAUCCAGCGCCGGCGCAGCUCGGGGCUCGAGAUUCCCGCGCGAAGAGAGAAGGCGCAGCCCGUUCUGUGGCCUACGCUCCAUUCAGUGCAGAAGGCAAACGGCGAAGUCGCGCGCGUCACCAUCAUGCCUAGCCCCCUCAGUCUCUACUACUUCGAUCAGCUGUGUCCUGGUACCUCGCAUCGCCGCGCCCUCGCAGCGGAAGAGGAAUGCGAGAGACGGCGAAGCUCCGCCCGAGUUCUCAACGACUUCCUCGAAGCCUCGGAGGCCUUGACUACUGCCCUAUGCACCGACGGCGGCCUAUCGGCUUAUGUUCGGACAAAGCAGGCGAUAGAGGCGCACAGCUGCUGGAGCGGGGCCGGUCGAGAAGUCAAGCGCGCCCACGAACCUGCGUGGACUGCGCAGCCCUCUCGAGGCCUUGCGGCUGCGCCGGCGGCGUCUUCGUCAAGGUCGUGUGUUGCGCAGCCGCGUGAAGAGAAGCGGAGGGAGCCGAGCGCGGCGAGCCUGACGUUGCCUCAGGGAGGAGGCAGGAGCUGCGUCGCAGGCGGCGCGCUCUCGCAUCAGUUCUCUGCAGGCGGCACGCUGACGACAGGCGCGGCUGCGGCCGCUUCUUGCGCGCGAUUCUCCUCGUCGCUGAAGCUCCCAGACGCGAGCCCGGAGAGAGCUGAGGACCUCGACUCAGGGCGCAGUCUCCCAGCAGCGAUGCACGCACACCGCGCCCAGUGCCGCCUGGCCGCAGACGCCACGCCGCACGACGAAAAGAAAGGCAGCCACGAAGCGCUGGAGGUUGCUCAAGGCUGCGGCGAGGUGCCGCUGGACGCGGCUGCGGCCUGGCGAGACGCUGGGGGAGUCGAGGGGUUUCGCGAAACCAGGGCGAGAGAGCUGCGUGCGCGCGAGCGAGACGGAGAUGCAGCCCUCCUGUUCGCGGGGGAGCUCGGGCGCACCGCGUCUGAGCAGCUUUUUGCAGAGAGCCUACGCCCGCACCUUGAUGUCAGCUACGCAGAAAACACACUGCAGGCCGCAGUGUUGUAUGUUGCAGAGAAAUCCGAAUCGCGCCCUCUCGCUUGCGUGCGGGCGCCCGCAAGCAUGUUCCUGUCGCGAGGCGCCGUGGGGGGCCGCGAGCGAAAAUGCUGCUUUUAG